GGGCCGCGGGGGCGGCGGCCACGCUCCGGCCCGGCCCGCUGCUGCCCUCGGCCCCGCGCUCCGGCCCCGGCCUCGCGCCGCCAUGGGCAAGAAGCACAAGAAGCACAAGACCGAGUGGCGCUCGUCCUACGAGGAUUACACAGACAAGCCCCUGGAGAAGCCCCUGAAGCUGGUCCUCAAGGUCGGAGGAAGUGAGGUGACCGAGCUCUCGGGGUCCGGGCACGACUCCAGUUACUACGACGACAGGUCAGACCAUGAGCGCGAGCGGCACAGAGAAAAGAAGAAGAAGAAGAAGAAGAAAGCGGAGAAGGAGAAGCACCUCGAUGACGAAGAGAGAAGAAAGAGGAAGGAGGAGAAGAAGCGGAAGCGGGAGAAGGAGCACGGGGACACGGAGGGCGAGGCCGAUGACUUUGAUCCGGGGAAGAAGGUGGAGGUGGAGCCGCCCCCUGACCGGCCCGUGCGCGCCUGCCGGACCCAGGCGGCGGAGCACGAGAGCACGCCUAUCCAGCAGCUGCUCGAGCACUUCCUGCGCCAGCUCCAGAGGAAAGAUCCUCACGGAUUUUUUGCUUUUCCGGUCACGGAUGCGAUUGCGCCUGGUUACUCCAUGAUAAUAAAACACCCCAUGGAUUUCGGCACGAUGAAGGACAAGAUUGUAGCCAACGAGUACAAGUCGGUCACAGAAUUUAAGGCAGAUUUUAAGCUGAUGUGUGAUAACGCCAUGACCUACAACAGACCUGACACCGUGUACUACAAGUUAGCCAAGAAGAUCCUUCAUGCGGGCUUUAAGAUGAUGAGCAAAGCAGCUCUUCUGGGCAGCGAAGACCCCGCCGUUGAGGAGCCCGUUCCCGAGGUGGCGCCCGUGCAAGUAGAAACUGCCAGGAAAUCCAAAAGGCCGAGUAGAGAGGUCAUCAGCUGCAUGUUCGAGCCGGAAGGAAAUGCCUGCAGCCUGACCGACAGCACCGCGGAGGAGCACGUGCUGGCCUUGGCAGAACACGCGGCCGACGAGGCUCGGGACAGGGUCAGCCGGCUCCUCCCAGGGGGCAAGAUGGGCUACCUGAGGAAGAACGGGGACGGUGGCCUGCUCUACAGCGUGGUCAACACGGCCGAGCCGGACGCCGACGAGGAGGAGACCCACCCCGUGGACCUGAGCUCACUCUCCAGCAAGCUGCUCCCCGGUUUCACCACGCUGGGCUUCAAAGACGAGAGAAGGGGCAAAGUGACGUUUUUGUCCAGUGCCACCACCGCACUGUCGACGCACAAUUCAGUAUUCGGAGACUUGAAAUCGGAUGAAACCGAGCUGCUUUACUCUGCCUACGGAGACGAGACGGGCGUGCAGUGUGCGCUGAGCCUGCAGGAGUUUGUGAAGGACGCUGGGAGCUACAGCAGGAAACUGGUGGACGACCUGCUGGACCAGAUCACCGGUGGGGACCACUCGCGACUGCUUUUCCAGCUGAGGCAGAGGCGGAAUGUUCCGGCGAAGCCUCUAGACGACGUGAAGGCUGGGGACUCGCUGGGUGACGGCGGCUCCGUCCUGGACUUCAUGUCGAUGAAGUCCUACUCGGACGCCUCUCUGGACAUCUCCGCGCUCGGCUCCCUGGGGAAGGUGAAGAAGGAGCUGGACGCCGAUGACGGCCAUCUGAACUUGGACGAGACAGCAAAGCUUCUGCAGGAUCUGCACGAGGCACAGGCAGAGCGUGGGGGCUCCCGGCCGUCCUCCAACCUCAGCUCCCUGUCCAACACCUCCCCCUCCGACAGGGACCAGCACCACCUGGGAAGUCCUUCUCGCCUCAGUGUCGGGGAGCAGCCGGAGGUGACCCACGACCCGUACGAAUUCCUUCAGUCUCCAGAAGCUGCGGCUUCCGCGAAGAGCUAGCCUUGUAGAUAGUCUUCCGUUUUUUAAAUUCUUUUAUUUGCAUGUAACUGAGUUUUUGUCUUGAGACAAAGACUUUGAUUUUGUCCCUUUUGGCGUGUGGGGGGUCAUCUCCGGUAUCAUGUCGGCCGCGCACGGACCCAGUGUGUCUGCAUCGCCCCGGGAGUCCUGAACAGUGGAGGUCACACAGUGCGCGGCCCGGUGGGGCCGAGCCCGUGUGUGUCCGAGCUUUGAGCUGUUGGCCCGCCCAUGGGGCACGUCUGCCCCAGCGCCCUUCCCAGAAGCCCCUUGGGAAACAGAUGCGCCUGUGGCAGGGUUCCUGCGUGUUCUCUGCCCUGCCCCCCACACCGCUGCGUCUCCGAAGGAGGUCAUGGAGGGCAGCGCCCUCCUGGCCUGGGACAGGCCCCGCGCUGCUGGUUCCUGUGCUGGGCAAGGGCUGCCUUCUGCUGGAAGGCCACACGGCCACGGGCUGUGUCGGAGACCGUUUUAUUCCGGUUGUGUUUACUGGAUGCGUGUUCACAUUUGCAGAACACAGAGAACUCAAUAAAGGACCGAGGGUUUGCGUGUAAUUGCCAGUAGCGCCCUGAGUAUCGUCUCUGGGUGGCCUUGUAGCGAAGCCUUUG